CAGCAGCGUCUGCGGCUUGUAGGAAGAAACGAGAAACGCCGCACAUGUGUUUCAUCAGCCGAGCUUCGCUGAGGAAGAACGGGCAGCUUUCCCAUCUCAACCAAUAUAGACCAAAUCAAGCAUCUUUUACAGCAUCAGAAUGUGUGGUAUAUGGGCCUUGUUUGGUAGUGAUGAGUGCCUUUCAGUUCAGUGCACCAAUGCCAUGAAAAUCGCUCAUCGCGGCCCAGAUGCUUUCCGCUUUGAGAAUGUCAACGGUUUCACCAACUGCUGCUUCGGGUUUCACCGCCUCGCUAUCGUGGACCAGCUGUAUGGCAUGCAGCCUCUGCGAGUCAAGAAGUUCCCCUAUCUUUGGCUAUGUUACAACGGUGAGAUCUACAACCACAUCAGGCUGAAGAACCAGUUUGAGUUUGAGUAUCAGACUAAAGUCGACGGCGAGAUCCUUCUGCACCUGUACGAGCGCUUUGGAAUCGAGAAGAUGGCCUCCAUGCUGGAUGGCGUAUUUGCCUUCAUCUUGUUGGACACGGCUAACAGGAAGGUUCUCUUGGGCAGAGACACAUACGGCGUGAGACCGCUGUUCAGACUGCUCACCGACGACGGCUUUCUAGCGGUCUGUUCUGAGGCCAAAGGUUUGCUAGACCUCAAAACCUCCAUGUCCACUCCUGCAAAGAUCACUGCCUUCCUACCGGGCUGCUUUGAGGUGUUUGACUUGAAGCUCACUGGAAAAGUGGAGUCUGUUCAGAUGGAUCGCUUCCACUGCUGCACAGAAGAACCCAAACACGCUGCCUAUAACAUCCUGGAGGGUCUUGGCACAGGCUUUGAACUGGAGACGGUCAAGAGCAACAUUAGGAUCCUGUUUGAAAGUGCGGUAAAGAAACGCUUGAUGGCUCACAGAAGAAUUGGUUGCCUCCUCUCAGGUGGUCUCGAUUCAAGUCUGGUUGCUGCUACGCUAGUGAAACUGGCCAAAGAAGAGCAGCUCCUGUAUCCCAUUCAGACGUUUUCCAUCGGUGCAGAAGACAGCCCAGAUGUUGCUGCUGCUCGCAAGGUGGCAGCACACAUUGGCAGUGAACACCAUGAAGUGAACUUCACACCUGAGGAGGGGAUCUGUGCGCUGGAGGAAGUCAUCGUUCACUUGGAGAGUUAUGAUAUUACCACUGUGCGUGCCUCUGUCGGAAUGUACCUGAUAUCAAAGUACAUCCGUGAGAAGACGGACAGCGUUGUGAUUUUCUCAGGUGAAGGUUCGGAUGAACUGACACAAGGAUACAUCUACUUUCAUAAGGCGCCGUCACCUAAAGCAGCUGCAGAGGACAGUGUGCGUCUGCUGGAAGAACUUUAUCUGUUUGACGUGCUGAGAGCGGACAGAACCACAGCCGCACAUGGACUGGAGUUGAGAGUGCCUUUCCUGGACCAUAGGUUCACCGCAUACUACCUCUCUCUGCCUGAAGAGAUGAGAGUGCCUAAGGAUGGUGUGGAGAAGCAUCUCUUGAGGGAAGCAUUUAAAGGUUUGAAACUCAUCCCAGAUGAGAUACUCUGGAGGAGGAAGGAGGCCUUCAGUGACGGGAUGACAUCCAUGAAGAAAUCCUGGUACACCAGCCUGCAGGAGCACAUCGAGUCUGAGGUGAAUGACUCUCAGUUUGAGAAGGCCAGUAAGCAGUUCCCUUCCAAUCCUCCCACAACCAAAGAGGGCUUCUUUAUAAGACAGAUCUUUGAGAAGCAUUACCCCGGCUGCUGCGAGUGGACGCUACAUUACUGGAUGCCCCGCUGGAUCAAGGCCACGGACCCCUCGGCCAGAACCCUGUCCAUCUACAAACCCGAUAAAGACCAGUAAUCACAUCAAGCGUCAGACCUUACCUAGACCACACAUACCUGCCGGUUCAUUCGUUAUUGCCAUAAUAUAUUUUUUGCCUCGCCUUUCUCUGUUCAAUUUACUAAACUAUCUUUUAGGUUGGGUGUUUUAGUGUUUCCUAAAGAGGAUUGAGUUUAUUUUAGGUCAGUUUUUUUUAACGGUUGGAGUGAUACUGUAUCUUGCGCUCAUGCAAUAGAUUUCAAAAGAUAGAAAUGGAGGCCUUAUCUGCUCUUCAGGCCUUUAAGCUGCCUUGCUUACUCCAUUACACGUUUUCUUUUUCUUUUUAUGGAGCUUAAACGUAGCUGUAAACAAACCAAAACAGAAGUGGGUUAGCGUAGCUUGCUGGUUAUAAGAAUCCCUUUAAAUAAAUUGCACAGUAACUUGUUUCUUGUAAAGAAUGUUUACCACAGUAAAAAUAUGAUAUCUUAAUAUUAAUUAAGUUCGUCAAAGGCACAGAAAGCUUCUUACACGGUUUGAAGGAGGUUCCAUUUUCAGUUAUCAUUUUACAUUAGUAACAAAUAAUAUAUACACUGCCAUUCAAAG